UACAGUACCAGUCCCAGUCCCAGUCCAGCCCCAGUCCAGUCCCUGUCCCAGUCCAGUCCCAGUCCCAGUCCCACUCCAAACCAGUCCCAGUCCAGUCCCAAUCCCAAUUCCACUCCCACUCCAGUCCCAGUCCAGUCCCA